ACAGUCGUGGUGCCCAAGAUGUCUGACAAUGCGGAGUCACCAACAGACGCGCAAAAAGAGGAGUUACACUCGCCUGUUGAAGACUCGACGCCAAAUGAAGAAAAGAAAAAGAUUGAUGUCCUUUUGAAGGCAGUUGGAGACACCCCCAUCAUGAAAACAAAGAAAUGGGCCGUGGACAGAAGCAGGACGGUGCAGUCGCUUUCUCAGUUCAUUUCUCGAUUCCUUAAAAUGGAUGCCAAUGAACAACUGUUCAUCUAUGUUAACCAGUCGUUUGCUCCAUCACCGGACCAAGAAGUCGGAAUCCUCUUUGACUGUUUUGGCAGUGACAACAAACUGGUUCUACAUUAUUGUAAAUCUCAAGCUUGGGGUUGA